AUGACACACAGGGUACACUGGGGCCACCGGCCUCUUUGGAGAGUCGGGCGUCUCUUUUCUCUUGUUUGGAUCUCUGCGACAUUGGAACUCCACAGAGUCUUCACCAACUCUAGACUGCUUUCUCUAGCAGCGCAUUCGGCGUGGUCUGCCUCUGCUGCUUUCCCGUCACCUGCACCCGCAUCUGCCACCCUCACCUCCGAGACGUUCCCGACUACGGAUCCCGGCGAAAACGUGUCUUUACCUCAUACAGACAAUUUAACAUACGACAAGACUCCAGCACCACCAUAUGACCUAUCUGAGGAGUUCAGCACAGACUCGCCGAGUGCAUCAUUCUUGCAGAUUGACGGUAUUGGUGCUCCACAUGGACAUAAUGAGGUGGGAGUAGGCCAGAUAUACGGAGGGAGUCCUCAAGGAGGCGCAUUGGCUGACCACGUGUCGGCGCCUAAUUCACCGUCGGCCGAUCAUGGUGCGCCACGGGAGUCUGCCCCAGCGCUUGCCGUGUCUCCAGAAUUUAGGGCUUCAAAGACACGCGGGCGCCAACAACUCCUGGCCAGGAGCUUGAGCAGCGUGGUAAAAAUCUUCGUUGACAUCACGACGCCGGAUCAUCACUCGCCUUGGCAAAUGCAGGCGCCGAAAGAAGUGUCUGGAUCUGGCUUCGUCAUCGAAGGCAGGAGAGUCUUGACCAACGGUCACGUUGUCACCGACGCAACGCGUGUGUUGGUUCGUAAACACGGGAACGCCAAGAAAUUUUUGGCGAGAGUUUUGGCGACUGCGCACGAAGCUGACUUGGCGCUGCUCGAAGUUGAUAGCGAGGAAUUCUGGGAGAACCUGGAACCGCUGGAGUUCGGAGGCGUUCCUCACCUCAGUGAGAGUGUGACUGUCCUUGGCUACCCGACGGGCGGUGACCAAUUGAGCAUCACGGAGGGAGUCGUCAGCCGCGUGGGAAUGUCCGUCUACGCGCACUCUUCUUUCAGCUUGCUCACCGUCCAGAUCGACGCAGCGAUCAACCCCGGCAACUCUGGAGGCCCAGCGAUGGUGGACAACCGCGUCGUGGGUGUGGCCUUUCAGGGAUUCAGUCAGCUGCAGAAUAUGGGAUUCAUAGUUCCCUACCCAGUUGUGAGGCACUUCCUUAACGACUUGAUCCUUCACGGCAGAUACACUGGCUUCCCAGCGCUCGGCAUGAAAAUCGCGCACAUGGAGAAUGACGGUCUGCGCGAAUUCAAAGGCCUGAACGCUUUGCGGGCGUCGGACCUCCCACAUGGGGUGACUCCAACCGGCGUGUUGGUGAUUGAGGUGGAUCAGCUGCGUAUUGCGCGGUACCGCACGGGCAAGAUACGAGUGCCUUUUUCUUCCUGGCCUGUCUCUGGUCCCGUUGACCCGAAGAGCUUGACGUUGAUCCCGGCAUUAGACGAGGACGCCAGCGAGUCGUCUUCGCGCGAGAGCGGCCCCCCGCUACUCGCGUCGCCGCCCUCGUCGUCGCCAGGUUUCCCCAGAGUUGGCCCUGGCGAGGGUGUCAGAGAACAAGGGACUAACGCACGCCCUCUGUUGGCGGCGCAAACAGAAUUCUCUCCUCGUCUGCUUCCGGUCUCGACUACGCACGAGGCAGGACUCUCGUCCCUGCCCCUCCACUCGCGCCCGCUCCUCUCGCCCCGCGGCGACGCGGACAGCGGCAGCGGCGCAGAGCCGGUGAGAACCGUGACGGAGAGCGAGUUGGACGGAAUCCUUGAGAAGCACGUCAUCGGCGAGAGCGGCGGGUCUCCUGCCUCAGCUUCAGCGGCGGCCAACGAGGGCGGCGGGCGUGGACCUCGUGGGGACUCGACAGCACAGAUCGCGCGCCCGACCUUCAUCCAGACCCGAGUCCGGCCGGAGCACGUCCUCGUGGAUCGCAGGGCGCUGCUUCGCCGGCUCACACAGGCACGAAGGAAGCAGCUGGCGCGGCAGAGGGCAGAGGCGAGAUUCGCAGGCGCUGCGCAGAGCAAAGCCGAAGGUGCCGCGGUCUCUCGCGAGGAGGACGGAAGCGCCGAAGCGCCCGACAUCCUGCAGCGACUCUCCCAGCGCAAUGGAAGUCACCUGAAGGCCCCGUACAAGCGAGCUGAGCACCGCGAGAGGGACGCAGACAGCAGAGUGCGGGGAAUGGAGCUCCAGAUCGCAAGCACCGACCCUAUUGGAGAAGACGCCUCAGAGGUGAUCCCUGGAAGAGACAUUGACAACGACGCGGAUAUCCUCGUAUCGAUCAACCCGUCGCACUUUCUGUCCAAGUUGCCGUCGUUAGCUUCUUCCCUUCCACAGUCUCUGAAAGACAAGGCGCUGGCGCCGCCGGCCGCUCAGCGGCGACCCAGGUCAGAGCAAGAUUUACUCAUCCCGAAUCCCUACUUCCGAGAACAACAAGCUGAGUUGGAGGACAGGCAGCUCGGGCUCAAGGUCGGCGACGUGCUUCUCGCCAUAGACGGAAAAGACGUUGCUGAUGACGGCACUGUCGCGUUCAGACAACUUGAGCGUGUCUCUGUCGAGUACACGAUCAUCAACCGCUUCAACGGCGAGGCGUGCAAGGCGCUGGUGCUGAGAGACGGAAAAGUGCAAGAGAUUCUGAUUCCCCUCACAAUUUCCAAUCUGCGCGUGCCAGCGCACACCGCGGACCAGACGCCCAAGUACUUCGUCUUCGGCGGGCUCGUCUUCACAACACUUACCAGACGCCUUGUGGAGCACAUGAGAGGCACCGAGCUUCCAGCCUUCUUCAUCACGGAGAUCACGAGGAGCGAAUUCCAGAAGUCCGAAAAUGAUGAGGUGGUCGUGCUGAGUGUAAUCCUCGCGUCCGAGCUGACUGUCGGAUACAACGCCGCGCCCGCGAUCGUGACCGCCGUGCAAGGCGAGGAGGUCCGCGGUUUAGCAGACGUCGUGCGGAUUGUUGAACAGAGCACCGACCCUUUCCUCGAGUUCACGGUGGAAGUGGCAGGAAGUGCCAGAUUUCCCCUGGUUCUGGACAGGGAGAAAGCGAUUCAGAUCAACCCGCUGAUCUUGGAGCAGCACCGGAUCCUCCGAGACCGGUCGGUGUUUCUCUAA